CGGCACCAAAGUUUGAGAGGCGCCCACCCCGCUCAUCGACGCCGCCGACCCCCAAGAUUCCUCGUCAAGAUGCCGAAGGAAAUCCGUGACAUCAAGCAGUUCAUCCAGAUUGCUAUGCGGAAGGAUGCCACGCAGGCCCGCAUAAAAAAGACGGUCCCCAAGAAGGGCCAGAAGCAGCAGACGAAGUUUAAGGUCCGGUGCUCACGGUAUCUCUACACAUUAACGGUGGACGACCCGGAGAAGGCGGAGAAGCUCAAGCUCGGACUCCCCCCUGGUCUUGAGGUCCGCGAGAUUGAGCCCACGAAGAGGAAGUAGACGUCGAUCGCUCUCCUUCUCUUCUUUCACCACCUUCGGCAUGCCGGCGUUGGCGGCGGGUCUUAUGCAUAUGCACCGGGUCACAGCAGGCCUUGUAUGACUGUACCAUGCACACAUUCAAUUUAUGGUCAAAAGCAGCAUCGCGAGAGUCCUCAA